AUGUCCUCUUCUUCAUCGUGGUGUUCGUCAUCUUCGGGUGAUGGCAAUUUGUUUUUUGCGAACGCCGUGAUGCUGGCAGCACAGAUGAUCAUGGAGGAAGAGGAAGAAACGAUGUCACAACCGCGAACUAGGCAAGCCGCCAUAAACCAAGGCCGAGAAGGUGCCCAUGAUAGAUUAGUUGCCGAUUAUUUUGUCGACGAACCUUUGUACACGACAACGAUGUUUAGACGUCAGUUCCGAAUGAGUCGUCGACUGUUCUUACGUAUAGUAUACGACUUUUCGCGGUCUGGUCCGUUUUUCACACUUCGAUACGACUCUAGGGGCCAUAGGGGAUUAACCACUUUACAGAAAUGCACGGUGGCCAUUCACCAAAUGGCAUACGGGACGACACCCGAUUUGUUUGACGAGCAUUUAAGGAUGUCCGAAAGAACUGCACGAAAAUGUUUGUACAAGUUUUGCGAAUGGAUGAACUGCCCUACUGCAUGGCGAGGUCAAUAUACUCGAGGCGAUCAUGGUCAUCCAACUAUAGUACUAGAGGCUGUUGCGUCACAAGAUCUCUGGAUUUGGCAUGCUUUUUCUGGUGUUCCUGGUUCGCUUAACGACUUUAACGCCAUCUACCAAUUAGAGAUCUUUAACGAUGUCAUAACAGGAACUGGUCCAGACACCAGUUUUACGGUUUCAGGGGUUGAAUACAGGCACAGUUACUACCUUGCGGAUGGAAUACCCAACGUACUCUACAAUCUUUAA